AUGAUUAUCACUCCGUCCGCCGUGUACACCCGUGCUUUAAACCUGUACCGGAUGCAGGUGACGUACGACUCUCGCGGACCCAAACCGGGUAAGUGGGGCGACCUGGUCUCCUGCAUGCCUGGAAGCGUAUGCGGCACGGGCUCCAUUCAGUCGCCCAUCGAGAUACCUUCAGGUCUCAGGGAAGAAGCCGGCGACUUCAAGCUGAAAAACUACGACAGGGAGUUUAGGAAGUUCGACGUAGAGGCGGACGGUCACGCGAUCACGGUGGUGAUCAAGGAAGGCGGCAAAGCACCGUCUGUGGAAGGCCAGAACGUGCUCGGCAAAGGCAAAUUCGUGCUGCAGCAGUUUCACUUCCACCUCGGAUCAAACGACAACCAGGGAGCGGAGCACAAGAUCGACGACGCCGGGCGGAGCUUCCCCAUGGAGGUCCACUUCGUCCACGCAAAAGAAGGCAAACGCAGCCUGGCUGAGGCCCUCAGGGAGCCCGGCAGCGUGCUCGUAAUGGCUGUCCUGUUCCAGGUGGAAGACACGCCAGCGGACGAUAAAGCGGACUCUGCCCUCCAAGCCAUUAUUGAUAAAAUCGGCGUCACUGCUGAUGCCACCAAGGUAUACGCGACGACGCUUAUCUGGAGCUGA